AUGCGGGCACAGUCGACUUCAUCAAGUCGACGCAGCGGCUUGCACCGCUUUGCUGCCAUCGCACUCUUCGCCUCCCUCGUGACGCUGCUUUUGGGUGCUCACUCUACCACAGCUCUGUCCAAAGCAGAAGCAGGCAAGAUUGACUGGCAUGUUCCUCGUGUGGGGGUCCCGCAUGCCUCAAACGACUCUGCGACCCCCUACUUGUCGCCUCGCUUCCAUCGCAUCAUCAAGCCCGAUGCCGACGUCAAGGAAAAGGCACAGACCGCCAUCUUCGUCGCUACCGAGUCCAACACCGUAGGCGCCCUCAACCCUCGCAAUGGCGCCAUCGUCUGGCGUCAGAUACUCCCAGAGCAUGAUCAGCUUCUGCUUCACAAACAGUUUGGCGAGGUGGCUCUCGCCGUCUCUGGCAACGGCGGAGCCAACGUUCGACUCUACCACGCUUUCACCGGCUUCCUCAUCUGGGAGUCGGCGCAGCACAACAUCAGAGAUGGCUUGCUCCCAGAGCCUGGCUUCCCUGCCACCGAUGUGAUCUUCCUCACCGACAAGGCCAAGGCAGACACGCCUCCGGACGUUGUCGUGCUUUCCAACGCACGUACGGUCCGCCGUCUGGAUGGUGCUUUCGGCGCCAAGGUGUGGCAGUGGGAGCCUCAGCAGGACAUCUCUCGCUCCUCCGCCAUCCGCGUCGUUGCCAACAAGGACAAGAUUCACGUCGUGUCCCUGCAGCGCAACACCAACUCGAUCUACAACUCGAUCUCGGUUUCUACCCUAUCGGUUCACACGGGCGAGCUCCUGACCACACACGAGAUCGCAUCUGGCCUCAACACCGCCGCCGAUGUCGUCAUCCUGCCUUGGAACCAGCUGCCCAAUUUGCCUCCCACAGCCAACCCAGGUGCCUGGGUUGCUUGGCUGAACAAGGAUGGCACGGUUCGAGCUGCUCCUCUCGACCCUCCCAGUAAACGUUUCGCUCAGCCUCAGGUCAUCUACGCCAAGCGCUCUGACUCAGUCUUUACCGGCCUCGUCGACGUCGGUCUCUCCAAUAAGGGCCUCCUUAUUGCUCGGCGCUCCGAUGGCCUCGCCGAAGUCCUCAAGGUCUCGGCCGAUGCCAAAUUCACCAGCUUCUGGGAGUUUGAAGAGGACGCUCACGAUGCUGUGUAUGCAGGGACCUACGAUCGACAGGGUCGCGCCUACCUCCAGCGCAUCUUCUUUUCGCGAUCUCAGCAUCUGCUCAACUUCCACUUCCUUUGGGUCGACGCUAACAACGGAGGCGAGGGGCAGGUCAGCGGCUUCUCGUUCCAGUGGGAUCACGACAUGCACGGCAACGUUCACGCAGCUACCUUCGAGGCGAGCCAGAUCGGCCAGUAUCAGCUUGCCACUCGCACCGUUCUCGUCACCUCCAGUGGCUCUGUCCGUAUGCUUCUCGAGGAUCAGCACCAGUGGAUCUUGGAAGAGGGCCUCACCCAGACCACCCACGCCGUCUUUGUCGACCUUCCCGAGAAGAAGCUCACCACAAUCUCCGGUGGCGCUGCCAGCCUCGACCACGAAGGCUUUGUCAAGCGUCUUGUGCGUCACACGCUUUCGCUCAAGGACUUGCCCCAGUACACCGUCGCCUUUAUUACCCGCUUCGCCACCGGCUCAUAUGGCAACAGCCUCGAGCAGCUCGGUCUCGCAAGCGCCAACUCGGCUGGUGCUGCUGCUUCUAGCUCCAGCACCGCCGCCGCCGCUGCUACUACCAUGAUCAAAGAGGGCAACAAGCCAUCCCGAAUGAAGCAAGAGCCGGAAAAGAAGCCCACGUCCUUGGCGUCGCGUGUCGCCGACGCCAAUACUACCUCAAGUCUGUUCCGAGACCCCUUUGGCUUCCGCAAAGUCGUCGUCGUCGCCACCGCCAAGGGCAAGCUGUACGCGCUCGACACGGUCGCAAAGGAGACAGUGGUGUGGGAGAAGUCGCUCGUUGGAUACGGCGACGGCGAGGGCGAGCCAGAGCCCACCGUUAACAUCAAGCUGAUGCAGACCGUCCGCGAUCUCUCGACCGACGGCAAGAGUCCUCUGUUGGCCGUUGUCGCCGAGGUCGAGCUACAGCCAGGCCUGUUUACCACCCGUGUCUUUGAGCUCAACCCGCUCACUGGUGAGUUCCUGAACGACGCUUCGUCGGGUCAGGCUGUCUUCGUAGGUCGAUGCCAGGAUGCCUUCCUGCUGCCCCCCUCUGUUGAGGAUCCCGUUGAGAGACAGCAGUCUCUGGGACUGGUCGACGAGCACAACAAUCUCUUCCUCUACCCCGACACGCUUGCUGUCGCAGAACGAUUUGAACCUCUCUCGGGCCGUUACUACUUCUCGGUGCAAAAGCCAGCGAGCUCUACGACAACUUCGGCGCGCUUCGUCGGCUACACUGUCGAAAAGGGCGUGAGCAGCAUCCACAAGUCGAAGCAGGUCUGGUCAUGGACGGUUCCUACCGGUGAGCAGGUGGUCGAGGUGUUGCAGGCUCCCAGCAAGGACGCCAUUGCUUCGUACGGCCGCGUGUUGGGCGACCGAUCGACGCUGUACAAGUACCUGAACCCUCAUGCGUCGCUCAUCGUGACGAAAAGCCCAGGCGUGAACCAGGCGCAUCUGUAUUUGUUGGAUACGGUGACAGGAGCUAUCCUGUACGAGCUGCAGCUGGACGAGGUGGAUAUGGCCCAACCUGUGCAUGCGCACUUGGUGGAGAACUGGAUCACGGCCACUUACUCGGUGCGCAACGCCGACGAGGGUCUCUCGACCCGCAUUGUAACGGUGGAGCUAUACGAUCAGCCCGAGCUCUCGGCGGACGAGCAAGCUGUCAACAAGAAAGCGGCGAAACGACGCCUUUCGGCGUCGUGGAGUGGUCUCACGGGCAACUUUAGCAGCUUCACCGGCGACAGCAGCAGCAGCAGUGGCAGUCAGGGCGUCUCGGACAGCAAAUCUGUGCUGCCAAUGGCCUUCAGCCACACAUUCCUGUACACUGGUGGCACCGUGCAGGCGCUCGCUACGACGACGACCAAGUUUGGCAUCUCGUUGAAGAACCUCAUCCUGGCCACGGACCGUGACUCGCUCGUCUCGAUCCCGCGCAAGCUGCUCGACCCGCGCCGACCUACUUCGAAGCCCACCAAGGCGGAAGCAGAGGAAUACCUAAUCCCCUACGCGCCACUUAUUCCGGAGGACCCCAAGUGGAUCCUUAACCACAUCUACCCCGCUGCCAACAUCCGACACAUCACCACAGGUCCCGCGCUGCUUGAGAGCACUUCGACGGUCUACGCGCACGGGUUGGACAGCUUCGUCACACGCACCAGUCCCAGUGGCCAAUUCGACGUACUGCAGGAGAGUUUCAACAAGCCGCAAUUGCUGCUGACUCUGGCGAUCCUGUCGAUGGGGAUCGUGGCGACGAGGCCGAUGGUUAGAAACAAGGCGCUUUCGUUGAGGUGGUAA